GCUUGUUUAAAGGUGUAAGCAGAACAAUGGUCAAGAACUUUAUCAAUUCCACCUUCCCUGAGGGGGACUUGAGGAAAGCGAGGGAAGAGGUGGACCUAAAUGGUGGAGUUGGGGUUGUGCGUCAUGCCCUUGAGCGCAACAAGCUCGUAAAGGAAAAUGACGAGCUGAGUAAACAGAAGGAGUCAGCUAAGCAAAAUUUUGAUAGCUUAACUUCCGAACUCGAGAAGUUUAGAGGGGAGUUAGCAACUGCAAAGAAGGUUGCCAAGCUCGUCAACAAGAAGAAGAAACUUUGUGAGGAUGAGCUUGAUAAGAGGGACAAGGAGCUGGAAGAGUCUAGCACAUUCUCGGAGAUAGUUGACCUCCAUAGGCUCCCUACCAUGGUUUUGGCUUUUACCAACUAUAAGAAAAUGGUAAAAGCCCAGCAUCCUAAGGUGGAUGUGACAUCAAUCACAUUUGGACCUCAAGAGUGGGGAGUGGAAGAGGAUGAAGAGAGUAAAAUUGCUAACUUUCAUCCCGAGGUGAAACUAAAAUGGAACCGAGAUGAAAGUGGAUGGAUUGUUUAUCCUUCUGAGUUGGAGUAUGAGUUUGGGGUCGAGGACGAGGAGGCUGAGGCCGUGGGCAAUCCAGAGGUUGGGGACAACAUCCAGAACCAAUAAGUGGACCAAGAGCACCAAAUCAUAGAUUAACCUCUGUAGGUCGUCCUUACUGUUUAGCUUAGCUCGACGAAUCCUUUGUAGUUUUUAAUUUUAAUUUGAGAACAAUAUUUUUAUAUAAUAAUUGUCUAUAAAUGACUUUAUAUUCC